ACUUAAUCCAGUCGGCGAUGGCAAUGCCAAGGGAAUGAUGUCAUGUGACUUUACCGUCCGUGGUAGUUCUCGGUCUGAAAUCGGGACUUGGCGCGGCUGAGAACGUUAGAAUUUCUCUCAUCCUUUGCCACCACAAAUUUACAAUCAACAUGACAAGCGCCAAGAAGAGUAUGCUGCAUAUUCUUCCUGAGUCCUGAGCAGUUGUUGUGUUUAUUUCGCCUUCCUGCAUUCUUUAAUUACUUGUCAUGUCCCUUUGAUGAUUGUCGCCGACACUCUCUUUUCUUGUUUUGAGGGUUUUUAUUUAUAGACACACUUCUAUCCUUUUUGAGUACAUUGUUACUGCCCAUGCUGUCACUAGUCCAUUCCAGCGAGACGAGUUAGAUUUCUUCAAUCUCUACUAUAAAUACUAGUAGUUUACUGUUUGAAUUUCAUCUUCCCUGUCCAUAAGUAUUGUUCUAUGCCAUACUGGCGAAAAUGAGUCGCGGGGAGCCUGCAUCGCAGUUGGACUCGGCCACUGUGUCACCUCCCACAUCUCGAUCGCCCAUCACUAGGGUCUCCCUUUCAACAUCAAAAUGGAAUACAGAUAGUUUAGGAUCAAGGUUGGCCGUAGAUGCAGCCAGCGCCGCUGGAGCGGCGUCAUUGAUAUGCCCGCUUAUCACCAUUAUUGACAAAGCUAUUAUUGAGAAAGCUGCAAAGGGUCUUCCCAUCCUCCAAAGCCUUAAAUCGUCGUUGGCCACGAUCGUCAAACGACCCCAUAGUUUUUUCAUCUCAACGCCGUUCCUCCUUAUAUACACCCUUUACGGAUCUACAUACUUAACAGCCAACGUUAUUGACACUGUAACAUCGACAAUGGAUGGUCGGGCAUUCAGUGAUGUCUCAGCUGGCCCUGCUAAAUUCAUUGCCACAGCUGUUGUCAAUAUGUCAAUAUGCGUUUACAAAGACGCACGAUUUGCCCGUUUAUUUGGUGCGCAGGACACCCCCUCAGAACCAAAAACGUCACAAAAGUCGAAGGGAACGCAAAAUCCAAAGCAAAAGACUACCCAAACACUUCCCCCAACUUCCAAAGCGCCUCAAUCUCUACCAAUCCCUAAACGCUCAUUUGCUCUUUUCUGCCUGCGCGACAGCAUGACCAUAUUCGCCUCUUUCAACCUCCCCACGCUCCUCUCGCCUCACAUCCCCGAUAUCUUCGCCUCCACCCCAUCCUCCAAAACUGCUCUAGCCCAAUUCUCCAUCCCGGCGGCCGUCCAACUUUUCAGUACGCCGUUCCAUUUGCUAGGUUUGGAUCUUUACAAUCGCCAACCACCCGGCGGGCUACCUGCGACAGAUAGAUGGGCCCGCGUAAAAAGAGAUUGGGCACCAACCGUCAUGGCUCGAAUCGGACGAAUUGUCCCCGCUUAUGGAUUUGGAGGCGUGGCUAAUACCAAAUUCAGAGCAACGUUGAUGAAAUCAUUAGAGGAGAAAGGAGGUACGAUAUAGAGCUAGAAUGAUUGCGUCCAAAUCGGUCUUAGGGUUAAGACCAUCCGAGGGGCUAUAUAUGAUAUACAUAUAUAAUAUGCAGUAAAACGACCUGUUAGAAUAACGACAACCAAAAAAAAAACACAUACCAAUUCGGAUCCCUCACCCACGAUGUCGACAGUCGCGCCCGACCAUCCUCCUACCAAGCACAUUCGCACGCAUCGAGCUGUAAGAGAGUAGCUUUCCGUUCCCAUUCUUCUGUUUUAUGAAGUGAUACCCCAACAGCCUUUUCUUUAUAUACUAUAAAUCAGCUGUUUGCCUAGACUUGCUUUUGCUUUUUCUCUAGCGAACUCUUCGGGAAUUUUCGUUCGCAUAGCGUCUUCUUCUCAUUACAUGAUUGCAUAUGUCAAAGUAUAUUCAACUAAGAUAGAUAGGGUUUCCUAAAAUUUGCGUUAGAUACCUGGGCGGGGUAAUUUGAGUUUGUUCCUUGGCUGUUUUUGAAUUCUUCCCCCCUAGAAGGUACGAAAAAAAGUAAUCAAUAAAUAAGAUAUAGGCCAUCUACUUAAUGACAAUCCUUCACAUUUUCCUUUCAAUGAAUCUCCAAUGCCGAGUAUCAAAAAUAGAAGAUAUACAAAUGAACAAAAUGAAAAGUAGAAAAUUG